UGACAACGCCAUGCCGCGAGUGUUGUUUGCGCCUGUCUUUGCGCCGCCGUGUGUGGCGGUGUCGAGAUGGCUGCAGCACAAGUCCGCGCUUCGCUGUGACGACGCCCACGGAACGCACUUCGCCUCGGUGGACGCGGUGGACGUGCGCUUUGUGGAAGCCAAGUUCAUGGGUCUUCACAAGAAAGGCUUUGUGGAACCGGGUGUUUGGCAUCCUGUGACCCUCUGGCCUCCCUUGACGUUCCGAACUGUGUGGGACACGGGGAGAUACUUUCUGAACCUCCGGCGACCCCACGUGGUUGUGAAAGUGUUGAACGCCAGAGACCAGGAGAGGUUGGAAGGCUUGUCGAAAAGAGACUUCUUCGAGAAGCAUGGCUUCGUUCUGCUUCAGAAAAAGACCGCAAUGAGCGCGGAGGACUGGAUGCAGUGCGCGCCAAAGACCUUAGAUCUGUCGAACUUCACAGGCAUCGGCAUGCCAAAGAUAGAGACGCCCGUCUCUCGCAUCUAUGCCAAGGAGGUCGAGGAAAUGGUGAGGGAGCUCAUGCCAGAGGCGAAAGAGGUCGAACUGGAUCCUUUGUGUGCGCGACGAGGGCCCGGCACCAAGAAUCCAACCUACUCCUUUGCAGUGCAUCAGGACUAUGGUCUCACUGCAGAAGAUUGGCCCUUGAUGGACAACGGCUUCAAGUCGCGCUUCGAUGAGCCUACCGUGAAAGGUUUCAUGGCCGUGAACUUCUGGCGCCCGGUGGCGCCCAUGAAGGGCCCAGUCAAGAAGGCCCCGCUGGCCGUCUGUGACCCUGGCAGCGUAAAGCUGGAGGACUGCAUCGGCAUCCACAUUAAAUGGGACGACCUGGGCUACGUGAAGAUGUUGGGUCUGGCGCACGACGAUGAGCAGCGCUGGUUCUACUACCCGGACAUGACCCAAGACGAGGUGUUGGUGUUCAAGUCCUUUCAGUACUUCAAGAGUCAAGCUGGUCGGCCGGAGCUGAAGACCUGUUUCCACACGGCCUUCGAGGACCCCAGCGCGCCCAGAGACGCGGAGCCGCGACAGAGCGCCGAGUAUCGCGUGCACCGGUGGUACGGAUUUGGUGCCUUGACAACGAUGGCGCUGUCUUCGCUUCUGAACGACAAGAGCUUGGCCCGUUUCCGCACAAAGCCCUGCGAACGUUUGGUGGCGAAAGGACAUUGCAGCUUUGGCGAUCGUUGUCAGUACUCCCACGCGUCCUUACCACGGCGAAAUCCCAAGAAGUACAUCUACUCCUCGGAACUCUGCGGCUUCUCCAAAUGCCACCAAGGAGAUUUGUGCCAAUUUGCCCAUACCCAGGAGGAGCAGUUGUACCAUCCGGAGUUCUACAAGACCAAAUUUUGCGAAAUGAGCACAAACUGCCGAGAGUAUUACUGUCCCUAUGCGCACACCAGUCAAGAGAAGAAGAACAAGGCCGAGUUGCUGACCCCGGGUGCUGUGCCGAAGAACGCCGAUGCGCCGCGCAACGCGGGCGCUGAGGAAGCGGGUCCGCCGCCGCCGGUGCCCGUAGCGGCGCCUGAGGGAUGGUGGUUCGUGGGAGAUCAGCGGCUCGACCGUCGUGUGGAACAUGGGAGGAAAGAUUUGCUGGUCUCCUCGAAGGGCGAGGUGGUGAAGAAUUUCUAUGGCCUCGGGCAUUCCAUCACGGGUGGCUACGUGCGUCGAGCACAAAUCCUGGAGAGCGGAGGCAGCACGUUUUGCGUGGCGCGGCUCUUGUCCACCAGUCGUGGCGAUGCCACCGUGGCAAAUCAGGUCAUUAAGGACAUCAGGCGUUGGAUCGCGCACUGCCAUUCCUCCGUGCAGAUGAUCCGCCGGACGGUGGCCACCACUGUGGUGGCGCUUCCAGCGGACCUUCGCUGUUUGGAUGUGGUGGUGAAAGGUUUGGGCUCCAGCUCAGCGGGCCUACAGUACCACUGGGGCACCACCUCCCUGCUGGCCAAGUGGUUCCAACAGAUCACUUCAGACGUGGCAAACCUGCACUCCACGCUCCGCAUUUCGCAUUUGAGUCUUGGCCCUUGCAGCGUUUUCCUGGAUCCCGGCACUAAUGAGAUGCAGAUGGGCGAUUUCUUAGGAAAGGUGCAAUUCCAGCGAAAUGCUCAGAGUGGUUUCAGCACCAAAGAUGACGAAUGGGCCAUGUGGUAUCCUGCAGAAGUUCAGAAGAGGAUCGCUCAGGAAGGAAAUCUCGUGCCAGGCAGCAGCAAGAAGCGUGAAGAUGCAGAGAUUAUGGAUGAGUAUGCUGUAGAUGCCUGGCAGCUUGGAGUCCUUGCCUUCUUUCUACUCACAGGUGAACAUCCCUUUGGUGCCAGCAAUCAGCCCACGGUGGUCUGUGGCAACAUCACCACUCAUCGGGUCGCCCAUUGGAAUCAGUUGGAAGACUUCCCGCUCUGGGCGGACCUCAUCGGUCGACUGCUGAGCCACGAUCCUGCGGACCGUCUGAAAGUCUCUGAGGCGGAGCGCGACGGUCAUCCAAUCGUUUCUGCCAAGUGUUUGUUGCUCAGCUGGAGAAACAACUUUUCCUCUGCGGAGCGCGCGUAG